AUGUCCGCCACCAUUGAGGAACUCCCUUCGGACCACUCUGACCACGAGGAGGACCCCACCUCCCAGGCUGCUCUCGACAAAAUUCAGUCUCGUUCAGAGCGAAAGGCCCGGAAGGCUCUUCUUGGUUUGGGUUUGAAGAAGGUCCCCAGCAUCACCCGCGUGACCCUCCGCAGGCCCAAGAACGUGUUGUUCGUCCUCUCUUCCCCCGAUGUCUACAAGUCGCAAAACAGCGACUGCUACAUCGUGUUUGGUGAAGCGAAGAUUGAGGACAUGAACUCGCAAGCUCAGAUGUCUACGGCUCAGCAACUUGCUUCUGCCGGCGGUGCAGGUGCAGGGGUCAUGAACCUUGAAAACUCUGGUGCGGGCGGUGAGGGUGAUGAUGAUGACGACAUCCCAGAUCUCGAGGCACCAGAAGACGACGGACCAGUUGAUGAGACGAAUGUCGAUCCUAAAGACAUCGAAUUGGUCAUGGCACAAGUCAACUGCUCAAGGGCUAAGGCCGUCAGAGUAUUGAAAGAGAGCGGAGGAGAUCUGAUCAAUGCCAUUAUGGCAGCGAGCGAAUAA